AUGAAGAACAGUGAAGCUAGACCUGUUGGAACAACACCAUUACCGGAAGCUAAUGAGGUUGAAAAGAAAGAACUCAACAAGUGCAAUUACGUCCAAAACAAUAAGAGAUCACACGGUAAUAGCCGUGGUGGUUACAAGGGGCGUGGCAGUGAGAAUUACUCGAACAGCCGAGACAACUACUCGACCGGCCGGAAAGGAAACCACAAUAACCGUGGUCGUGGUUCCAAUUAUGGCUGUGGCCGAGGUAGUUAUGGCCGUGAUCGAGGCGAAAGUCUAAAGAACAAGAACCCAGAGGCUCACAUGGUUCACGAUUCCGGAUAUGAGGCCGAUAAUGAUUCCAACAUUGCUAAAGAUGACCAGAUGGACUUUGAGACCUCUGAUUGUCUCAAGGACUAA